AAAUAAAAAAUAAUAAUAAGAAACUGGCUUUCCCGGUCGCUUUGAUAUUUCCGUUACAAUCUUUCGUUUAUUAACACGUAUUAUAAUCACAAAUUCACGCGACAGAACGGAAAAGCCCUAAGAGAGAGAGAGAGAGCACGGCUGCUAAACGUAUCUAUCUAAGCUCAGUGGAAAGAAACUACUCAAUAUCGGUAUCCAUGGCGGAGCAAGACCCAGAGAUGAUGACCCGUGCGGAUCCGGAAUCGUUCGGGGAUGGUAGAAGCAACACGCACUUCGCCGACUCGCGCUGCUCCUGCUUCUUUCUCCCAUGUUUCAGGUCACGUCGUUCCUCCAACGGCAGAUUGGUCUGGUGGGAGCGAAUCCGGGCCAUCGAAAGCGAUCAUCACUGGUGGUACCGGGGGGUUCGUGCUUUCAAGAAGCUAAGAGAGUGGUCGGAGAUCGUCGCCGGACCCAAGUGGAAGACUUUUAUUCGGCGGUUAAAUAGGAACAAAAGCAGCGGCGGCAGCGGUGGCGGAGCUCGGCAUGGGAAAUUCCAAUACGACCCCUUGAGUUACUCCCUCAACUUCGACGAGGGUCCGGGGCAUAAUUGUAAUUUUGAGGAAGAGGAAUACGGCGGGUUUCGGGAUUUCUCGACCCGGUUUGCUGCAGUUACGGGUUCGGGUCAGGCUAAGUCGGUGGCGCCAAUAGAACUUGGUAAAGACGUGGCGGUGUACGCGUAAGAUAUAAUAAAGCGCUGUUCAAUGCUAACAUGCACGCGGUGGCGAAACAAACGGCUAAAAGUGCUGAGAAGUCUACUGUAUGAGCUGUAUGGUGGACUCAGAUGACGUCAAGUGACGGCGCGUUCAUUAAUGGUAGACUUUUUUUCUUUUCUAUUUUUUUGUUAAAAAAAGUAAAUAAUUAUAAUUUUGUAAUAUUGUACAAAGAUAGUGAAGUAAGAUGAGAAAUGUUGAAGAAGAAGACUGGUUUUUGCAAAGUUGUUUAUAUUUGUUUUCAUUUUGGUGUUGCUUAAUGUGGGGAAAUAAAUAUGUACACGUAUGUAUGUUUAGUGUCA